GACAUACAAAUAUACUUUCAGAAGCAUGGCUGACGUAGCAGCAGCAGUUCUAGCAGCUGCAGCAGAACAGGAUAAACAGUAUGCUUCCAUCCUUGUAGAGAAACCUCUAGCCUUAGAGUUGGACCUGGGUAAUAUGCUCGCUAUUGACAACAAUCAGAUAGAUAACUCAAAACUUCUUAACAGAGAUGAUCGUGAAGGGUUUCUUCGUGAAUUAGCUCGAGAUAAUACCCAGCUUCUGAUAAACUCUAUCUGGGGUCUACCAACAGAACGGGUUGAAGAGGUCGUCGUUGCCAAGUUUCCUCCUCCUACUUAUAUACUACCCAGAGAGAAACCUGUACCUGUUCCUAAACCUCUAACCAAAUGGGAGAAAUAUGCAAAGGACAAAGGAAUUGUGAAGAAGAAGAAGAAAGAUCGUCUAGUUUGGGACGAUAUUGUUAAGAAAUGGGUUCCACAGUUUGGAUUUAAGAAGAAGGAAGUUGAACGGGAGAAAAACUGGUGUAUUCCCAUCAAGGAGGGACCCGACCCUAACAUCAACCCUCAUGAGAAGAUGGAGGAGGAUAAGAAGGAGAGAGGAGCUAAGAAUGAACUCCAGAGAUUAAGAAAUAUUGCAAGAUCGAAGAAUGUCAAGGUUCCAACUGUAGGAGUAAUUACACCAUCUUUUAAAGAAACUAAAAAGUUGACCGGACACUCAGAUGACCUGAAAGCGGCAGCGGAGCUUGUAAAUCAUUCAACUGCCAGCCUUGGUAAAUUCCAGGCCAAGCUUAGUAAAAAGCUGGAGCAAGGAGCUAAACUAAAAGCUAAGAAGAGAAAGUUUGAGAGUAAUACUGGAGACUCGGUUCAUGAGAAGGAGAGAAACCUUGGGAUCCUGGAGUCCAUUAACAGCAAGAAAUCCAAGCUCGACAUGAACCACGCCAUAGGAAAGAAGAUCCAUGAGGAGGAUACAGAGAGAUCGGAGGAGAAGAAGAAUAGAAAACCAGCAAGAGGAGGAAAAGGGAAAGGAGGAAGGAAAGGAGGAUCAUCGUUUAGUUCCAGUGGAAUGAAGGGACGAGGAGGAGGUGGAGGAAGGGGUGGUGGAGCUGGUAGAGGAGGUGCUAAGAGUAGAGGAGGAGGAGGUAGUGGAAGAGGUGGCAGAGGUUCUAAGAAAUAAAUUUUUUAUCUUUCA